AUCACUUUUUGGUAUAGGAUUUUGAAUUACAGCCACACAGCCUUUUGCGAAUAACAGAAAUAGAAACAUUUUAUAUGGCAGCUAUCUGAAAUAAAAAAGAUGUCUGUUUAACGCCGCAGAGGUGGAUUUGGCAACCUAAUUUAACCUCAACUGUGAACAUUAUUGUAUUUAUUAAGCAAACCCAACAUAACGAUGGAAGAAAAGCAGUAUGCAUCUUUGACGGUCUCUACGGAUUACCUACAGCACUGGUUUCACUCCACUGAUGACAUCGAGCCCCUCCAGACUACGGAGUAUGACCACAUGAGUGAUGAAUCUCACUUGUUGGAUGGCCUCAGUGAGGAGAGGGUUAUGACAGAGCUGGCUGCCCCGCCAGAGCCCGAUUCCCACAUUCAGCCGGAUUCCUACCUGGAUUCUGAUUCCCAGCCCCUGCCUGAUAUCCACCCCCAGCCUGACUCAGAGCCGGCCCCAGAGCAAGCUCCAAGAAAGGGGAAAAGAGGGAGGCCUCCUGGCAAGUCCUCCAAGUCCAAGCAGAUGCUGGGUGAAGUAAAGGCGAAGGGCCAGAGGAAAAUGGACCGCUUCAAUGGGAUGUCGGUGGCCGAAGUCAUGGCCAAAACCCUGCCAGAUAUCCUCACCUACAAUCUAGACAUCUUGAUUAUAGGAAUCAACCCAGGACUGAUGUCAGCUUACAAGGGACGGCAUUACCCAAAUCCAGGAAACCAUUUUUGGAAGUGCCUCUUCUUAUCUGGUCUCACCGACGCACAGCUCAAUCACAUGCAUGAUCAGUCACUGCCAGAGAAGUAUGGGAUAGGAUUCACCAACAUGGUGGAGAGGACCACACCAGGAAGCAAAGAUCUCUCGAGUAAAGAGUUUCGUGAAGGAGGACGACUUUUAGUGGAGAAGUUGAAGAAAUACAAGCCGCUCAUCGCUGUUUUCAACGGCAAAUGUAUUUAUGAUAUUUUCAGUAAAGAGAUUUUUGGAAUCAAGGCAAAAAACCUUCAAUUUGGCAUACAGCCACACAAGAUUCCGGAAACAGAAACAGUGUGCUACCUGAUGCCCUCCUCCAGUGCCCGCUGUGCCCAGUUCCCCCGUGCCCAGGACAAAGUGCACUUCUACAUCAAGCUGAAGGAGCUCCGCGACCAGCUCAAGGGUGUCGUGCACAGCCAGGAAGUGCAGGAAUUGGAAUACUCCUUUGAUGUGGGCUUGGCCAAAGAGGAUGCUAAGAGGAUUUCUAUUAAGGAGGAGCAGCAUGACCCCAAGUACGAGGCAGCCUAUGGGCACGCGGGCGGAGAGCAGGACCCAGAGACCAGUAACAGCCACUGUGACUUCUCCUUCGCUGAGGCCUGCGGUGGACUGGAAAUGGCGGUGAAGGAGGAUUCGCUCUCUGAAGCAAUGGGCUGGAUCUCGGAGGACCAGUGGAUGAUGCACUCCUUUGCUGAUCAGAUCCCGGACAUCGGUGGUACCAGUACACAGCCUCAACUUUGGGCAAAGUCUACAUGAAGGAGAGGCAGUCUCCAUGGGUGGAGAUCAGCCAAAACCAUUCCCAAGGAGCCCAGGAAUGCUACAGUUUCCAUAGCUAUGUUUCCAUUAGCAUGAUAACGUUCAUUUAAUUUGGAGCUGUAAAAACAUCCCUUCAAGUUGUGCACCACACCCACCAAGAUAUGUGAUUAGCAAGUGUAUUUUACCGGUAAAGUGAAACCAUGUGAUUUGAGCGAACUCCAUAUCUUGAAAGAGAAAGGUGAGUUUCUCUUAGCGUGGGGGCAUCUUAGGUUUGGGGUUCAUUUCCAUAUUUUUAAUUUAACAUUUACCAAAAUUCCCACUUUUCUAAAUAUGCAUUUUCAUAAAGUCUGCCAACUUUAAAUAAUGUUUUGUUGAAUAUUCAUUGUAUGCACAUAAUUCCCAUUUCCAUUAGGAAAUACCAUUUCCAUAGUCUCACUGACUUGUGAAUCAACUUUGCAAUGCUGCAUGAACUCAAGCUAAUGGAAGCAUAACUAAUGUUGUUGGGACCAGUGAGAUGCCAUAGCUCUGUCCCCAGCAACAGAGUUACGAACAACUGCGUCUGUCUGUGCUCUCUCCAGAUACUUAAAUCAAGAGGAAAUAAAGAGGAAGAGUUUCUCAAGUGUUAAUUUUGUUAAGCAAUCUUAACUGGAGUUAUAAAACACUGCUGUGUAAUGAUUGUAAAUAUAUUUUUUAAUUCAUUAGCAAUGGCUAGUCUUUUUAAGUUUUAACAUCCUGUAAUUCAUGAAUUUUUGUAACAUUUUUAAAAAAAUGAUGACAUUUAAAGAACGGGAACGUUUUACAAAGUGCAAUUUAGUUUUUUGUUGUUUUUUUUGUCUCCAAAUUGAAAGUGUGACUGUGCUGCUACUUUAUUUGUUUUAAUAGCUGUGUUAAAUACAAAUGUGUGAAGUGGAAAAAAAAUACUGGACACUGUGUGAUGACUAUGAAACUUGAAGAAGCCAAGGUUAUUGUGUAACAGCUGAAAAAACAUUAAGAUAGAAAUGGAUUUUUGCUAAAGAAUUUUCUUUUGCAGAGAGCAGGAACAGCUCUGUGGGAUAACAUUUCUUAUUAAUAAAAAUGA